CUCCUCCAGGAUGCCAUCCCGCCUGCCAACGCCAUGCAGAGGCUUCUGCACAAUCUCACGCUCAGCCCUGCUGCUCCCCAGCAGGACCAAAGCAAUGAGGAACCUUUGUUUCGUGUUCAUCUUCAUCUCCCUGCUCGCUCAUGGAAGCACUCACGGCCCAGACAGCUGUAACCACGACAGGGGAUUGUGCCGAGUGGGGAACUGCAACCCUGGGGAAUACCUGGCUAAGUACUGCUUUGAACCCGUCAUUCUCUGCUGUAAACCUCUGUCACCAACUCCCACCAAGACCUGAAGGUGUCCGAACUGUAGCAGGUGGAGAGCAGCAGCACCUCCAGCAAGGACCAGCUCGGGAGGACAAGUUGUGCCUUUCUAUGGGAGAACUGCUCCAGCUCUCAUUGGCUGUGGAUUCACUUGCGGACCUUUUCCUUUCACUGUGACUUUCUAAAGCAGGGCCACACAGACUAUAUAUUGUCCCUUUUGGCAUCCGGCUGCUACCUGUCAUGCACAGGUGAGAAACUGCCUUUCUCCUUACCCAAAAACAAUAAACCUGAGAUUUAACAG